AUGGCGCCCCCGAAAACAGAUAAAGCGGAGCUCGAGGACUCGGAUAUCUCCGAUGUGUCUGAUGUUGAACGGUCCGAUGUCGACGACCGCGCUCCCAAGCGCCGCCGUCUCUCUGAGUCUUCCAACGACUCGUAUGUCGCACCUGCGCCGCUCCCCACUCUCUCCCGUAUCAAGAAGAAGGGAGAGGUAGUGGAUGAGCCUGAAUCGGAGAAAGAUGAACCGGUCACAAUUGCCGAUGCCAUUGAGCUCGGUCGAACUAGCGAUCAUUCUACAUUUUCAACUUUGGAUGUGGCUCCGUGGCUCGUCGCUUCCCUGUCGACAAUGGCGAUUAAGCGGCCAACUGCUAUUCAGAAGGCUUGUAUUCCUGAAAUUUUGAAAGGAAAGGACUGUAUUGGCGGUAGUCGUACUGGUUCCGGAAAGACCAUGGCUUUUGCGGUCCCGAUCAUGCAGCAAUGGGCAUUGAACCCAUUCGGUAUCUACGCUUUGGUGUUGACCCCGACUCGUGAGCUUGCACUCCAGAUUUACGAACAAUUCAGAGCCGUCUCUGCUCCGCAAAAUAUGAAGCCCAUCCUUGUCGUCGGAGGCAUGGAUAUGCGGCAGCAAGCUAUCGACCUUGCAAACCGGCCACAUGUAGUCAUCGCAACUCCCGGUCGACUAGCCGAUCACAUCAAAACGUCAGGAGAAGAUACUGUGGCCGGCCUCCGCCGUGUCAAAAUGGUCGUUCUCGAUGAAGCAGAUCGUCUACUAGCCAGCGGACAAGGAAGCAUGCUGCCCGACGUCGAAACAUGUCUCGGGGCCCUGCCACCAUCCUCCGAGCGCCAAACCCUGCUGUUCACAGCCACAAUGACCGCUGAAGUGCGGGCAUUGAAGUCCAUGCCAGCAGCGGGCAACAAGCCUCCCAUCUUCAUGACCGAGAUCGGCACCGAACACCAAGGCAAGAUCCCGCCAACUCUCAAGCAGACAUACUUGAAGGUCCCAAUGACGCACCGCGAAGCCUUCUUGCACGUGCUCCUCUCCACCGAAGAAAACAUCACCAAACCAGUCAUCGUCUUCUGCAACCAUACCAAAACCUGUGAUCUGCUAGAGCGCACCCUCCGCCGUCUCGGCCACCGCAUCACCUCUCUCCACAGUAUCCUGCCCCAGUCUGAGCGCACAGCCAACCUAGCCCGUUUCCGAGCCACCGCUGCCCGCGUCCUGGUCGCUACCGACGUUGCCUCCCGUGGUCUCGAUAUCCCUUCUGUAAGCCUGGUCAUCAACUUCGAUGUUCCGCGCAACCCGGACGAUUAUGUGCACCGUGUUGGCCGUACUGCACGUGCUGGACGCAGCGGUGAGGCCGUCACGCUCGUUGGACAGCGUGAUGUCGAACUCAUUCUUGCGAUUGAGCAGCGUGUUGGUCGACAGAUGGAUGAGUUUGCUCAGGAGGGUGUUAAUAUUGAGAGCCGUGUUGUUCGCACUGGCGUGCUGAAGGAGGUUGGUUCUGCUAAGCGUGAAGCUAUGGGUGAGAUUGAAGAGGGUAGAGAUAUCCUUGGAAGAAAGCGUAACAAGUUGAAGAAGGUCCGUUGA